GAGAGAGAGAGGGAGAAAAUCCUCCGUCGCCCCCCUCCCCCUCCCUAAAAAAAAAAAAAAAAAAAAAAAAAAAAAAAUUAGCGAGAGCGCGAGCGAGAGGAGGGGGGCUCGCGGCGAAAAAUAAAUAAAAUAAAGAAAACGGCAGGAGCGGCUCCAGCCGGCGGCGGCAGCGGCGGCAGCAGGGCAGCGGCGGCGGCAGCCGAGGCGGAGGCAGGCGGCAGGCAGGGUCCCCUCGCUCCCCGCUCGCCCCCGGCGCCCGGCCGGCCGCCCCCCCCCCCGCCCCCCGCCUCUCUCCCCGGCAGCCCGCAGCGAGACGCGCCGCUCCCCAGCACUUUUUUGGGCCCGAGAUAUGGCAAUGGUAGUUAGCAGCUGGCGAGAUCCGCAGGAAGACGUGGCCGGGGGCACCCCGAGCGGCCCCAACCCCGCCGCGGCGCAGCCGGCCCGGGAGCAGCCGCCCCAGCAGCAAGGGGGUUCGGCCGCCCCGCAUACCCCGCAGACCCCCAGCCAGCCGGGACCCCCCUCCACGCCGGGCACGGCCGGGGACAAGGGAGCGGGCCAGCAAGGCUCGGGGCAGAGCCAGCAGCACAUCGAGUGCGUGGUGUGCGGGGACAAGUCCAGCGGCAAGCACUACGGCCAGUUCACCUGCGAGGGCUGCAAAAGUUUCUUCAAGAGGAGCGUCCGCAGGAACUUAACUUACACAUGCCGCGCCAACAGGAACUGUCCCAUCGACCAGCACCACCGCAACCAGUGCCAGUACUGCCGCCUCAAGAAGUGCCUCAAAGUGGGCAUGAGGCGGGAAGUUGCAAGCUUGUGCAUUCACUGUGCAACGCUGACUGCAGGCUUUUGCAGUGGCAAGAGCGCACCAAAGAUAUUAAUUACACCGUCCCCUUUUUUUUCCACGAAUGUUUGGCUAUUCGGUUCAGCGAGGAAGGAUGCCGCCCACCCAGCCCAACCCCGGCCAGUACGCCCUGACCAACGGCGACCCCCUGAACGGGCACUGCUAUCUCUCGGGAUACAUCUCCCUGCUGCUGCGGGCCGAGCCCUACCCCACCUCCCGCUACGGCAGCCAGUGCAUGCAACCCAACAACAUCAUGGGCAUCGAAAACAUCUGCGAGCUGGCUGCCCGCCUGCUCUUCAGCGCCGUCGAGUGGGCCCGCAACAUCCCCUUCUUCCCCGACCUGCAGAUCACCGACCAGGUGGCCUUGCUGCGGCUCACCUGGAGCGAGCUCUUCGUCCUCAACGCUGCCCAGUGCUCCAUGCCCCUCCAUGUGGCCCCGCUCCUGGCCGCCGCCGGCCUCCACGCCUCCCCCAUGUCGGCCGACCGCGUCGUCGCCUUCAUGGACCACAUCCGCAUCUUCCAGGAGCAGGUGGAGAAGCUGAAGGCGCUGCACGUCGAUUCGGCCGAGUACAGCUGCCUGAAAGCCAUCGUCCUCUUCACCUCAGACGCCUGCGGCCUGUCGGAUGCUGCGCACAUCGAGAGCUUGCAGGAGAAGUCGCAGUGCGCGCUGGAGGAGUACGUGCGGAGCCAGUACCCCAACCAGCCCAGCCGCUUCGGGAAGCUGCUGCUGCGGCUGCCCUCCCUGCGCACCGUCUCCUCCUCGGUCAUCGAGCAGCUCUUCUUCGUCCGCUUGUGCUCCUAGAGCCCGGCCCGCAGCCCCGGCAGAGACGCGGCGGAGCGGCGGAGGCGGGAGCGCUCGCACCGAGGGGCAGUCGGGGUGCGGGGGGGGGGCCCGGGAGGCGGACACUGAACAAAAGAAAGGGCCGAGUAGGAGCAGAGGAGUGGCCGUGGUGGGGAGAAGGACGGACCUCGCGUCCGCGGAGGUGGUGGUGUUUCGCUUUUUCUUUUUUUUUUUUUUUUUUUUUUUUGUUUUUUUUCCUUUUUUUUUUUUUUGUUUUUUUUUUCCCGGAGAGGAGGAAAAAGAAUAAAUAAUAAUAAUAAAAGAGACAAAAAAAGAAAAAAAAAUAAAAAAACCAUAAAAACAAAAAAAAUAUGAGUAUUGAGGGGAUAUUAAUCAAACCUGAAGGGGAUACUGGAUCUUCCAGGAUUUAUUGUGGACUGUUGUUGAUAUAUGCUGUACAGUAACAAACAAAACAAAACGCGUUGAAACUGAACUGAACCUUGUGUAGAAUGAAAAAACAACAAGCAAGCAAACAAACAAACAAACAAACAAAAAAAAUUCCACGCGCAAACACCUACCACGAGCAUUGUUACUCAUUUUGUAAAAUAUUAGUCUUUAUUUUCAUUUUUUGUAAAACUUAAAACAUCGUAUGCGCAUAAAGAAAAAAAAAAAAAAGGAACGAGAAUUAGGGGAAAAUAACAUUUUCCAAAUAAUUAUAAAAAAAAUUGUCCUGUGUCUAUGUAUCUAUAUCUGUUUUGUAUUUUUUUCUGGUUCCAAACCAGGUUUCCUGUGAUUCUAUACUAAUAAUUUUUGAUAUAACCCUUUGCUUCUUAUAAUGAGUGCGAUAUAUGUUGUCGAAGCUGUUCUUCAAGAAUUAAAAUUGAAGUGAGAAUUUAAACAAAAAUAAAAGAAUUUAGCAAAAAAAAAUCAACUUAUCACCCCACAACCCAUGAGUCUUGUUGCUUGAAACAUGCCAACAGUUCACAAAAAAAAAAAAACAAAAACAAAACAAAAACAAAACAAUAUACAAAAAACCAAACCAAAACAAACAAACAAAUCUCCCUGGCAUUUUAACUCCUGUACCGGUGUUAAAAGGGAGAACUUAAAAAAAUACUUGUGAGGGGUAACCAAGUUGUGUAAACCACGUGCUGUUCCAAAAGUGACUUGACUGUGUGAGUUCAGGGCUGAGCUGUCGAGGCCUAGGAAGCGGGAGCGGGCAGCGCGGCGCGAUGCCGUGGGUGACCUCGUCUUGCUGCGACUGCACGGCAGACUCCCCCCACCCAGGCUGACGGGGGGGCCCGCCACACCGGCCUACCCUUUUUUUGGAGACACCUUUAUCCCCAUCAGCUGGAGCUUCUGCCGGGUUCACACCUUGCUGCUCGCUCUCGGGCGCCACGGGCAUGGAUUGAAGUCACCGUAUGCCGUCAUCGCCGCGGGAGGCAUACCGCAGCCAUGACUCCUUGCUGGUGGCAGGCAUGGUGGCUUUCUGCUUUUGGGGGCCCAGGGUAGUGGUGGUGGGUGGUUUUUUUGAGGGGGGUGUUUGUUUUUUUUUUUUUUUUUUUUUUUAGGUUGGGGGUUUUUUUUGGGUUUGUUUUUUUUUUUUUUUUUUUUUGCUUCUUUUCUCUUCUUUUCCACCCCAAGGACUCGCAGACCCCGGCGUGUGCUCCGGCGUGCACGCUUUGCGCUUGCUGUCAGCCGAAACAUCCCUCUCGCUGUUUCUCCUGACUCCGGUCGCUGCGCGUGGAGGGUAUUCCCAGCCCAUUAAUAUAGAAAUCCAGCUGGAUGCUUGCUCGUUGGGUGGCGAGCCGGCGUGUUCCGUGGGUGCUCAUGUGCCAUGGCCACGCGCAAAACACGGGCCGUGGCCCCCCGCACCACGGCCGCCCACCGCAGGGGCCUGAGCUCUGUGCCAAAAGCCCCGCUUCGUUUCUGCUCGUCCUUUUUUUUGCAAAGAAAAUUAAAAACCGUUUCUGUAAUGGAGCUCCUUUGAAGGUAAAGGCUUCACAAUGCUUCUAGCUGGUGGUGCACAUCUCUGUAACAGCUUUCAGUGCAUUAAUGUUUUAUAGGAUCUGAGACGGAGCUGUAAGAACACAUACUACCAAGGGAGCUCUUUCUUAACAUAUUAAUAAAGCUCGAUCCUUAAAAAUAACAUUCCCUCCCUCACGCAGACACCUCCCGUGCCCUCCAAACAAGCCUGGAUGAGGCAGGCUUUUCACUUUGUGGAGUCAUGGGCAAUGUUUUCCUUUUAAUUUGCUGUCCUCCAUACUCUCCUUCUCUCUCUCCCUCUCCCUCUCUCUCCUUCUUUUUUUUUUUUUUUUUUUUUUUUUUUUUUUUUGCAUUAACAAGAUCCUUCAAUCCAACCCGCUUGGGGUUUUUAAUAUUCUAGGCGCAGCAGAUCCGAGGCGAGAGCAGCUCUAUACAGUAGGCACUUAUAGCUGGAUAAUCAACAUUGUGGGCAGAUCCUCUAUGGGGGUAGAGCCCAUUUCAGGAUGGAGAAGCGGCCUGUAUUCAUAGGUGCUCUGGGGGGGCAACGGGUGAUUUCAGACCUGGGCACACGAGGACGGGAAUUAGACAGACUGACAGACACCCUUUUCUCACUGGAAUGGACGCUGCAUAGGCGACAGCUUUAUCCCUGGCCCCAGUUGCCUUCCCCAGGGCAGAGGGGGUCCAGCAGCCCCUCCGGGCUGCCAGCGGGGAGCGAGACCGGGUGCUCAGCCCCGGGAGGUGCUGAAGAAGCACUUCAGCAUUGCUUUUUGGUGGGAUGGGUGACUGGGGACCCAGAUGGAUUAACAGUUAAAAACAGAAACAGAGAAAAAAAAAAAAAAAAAGACACAAAAAACACACAAAAAAACCAACAAAACAGAAAAAAAAAAAAAAAAAAGAAAAACAACAAAAAAAAUAAACCAAACAAAUGGGGAUAUCGGAAGAGAAAGACAGGUCUCGGUUUCUUCCAAUGAGAUGUAAAUAUAUUCAUUACAGUGUUAUCCCACUGAUGAAAACAGAUAAACUUUUUCGUAGGUCAGAAACGUAUUUUUCAAUUAAUUUUCAUAUUUAUGAAUAAUAAUAACCCACCGAUUGCCAAGAAACUUGCAGGUGUAGAGGAGGUGUACGAGAUGCACUUAUUUCCAUGUAUGUGCCUAGAAAGAAGUGUUUCAAUCCCUUAUUAAACUUUGCUUAUAAGACGG